AUGAUCCAGAGUAUCAACUCGAUUGAAGAUAAAGAAUUGAAACAACAAGUGGAAUUAGAACCAAUAAGCUCUCCACCACCAAAGAAGAAGUUUAGAUGGAGCAUUGAUAAAAGAGAUCACCCGAAGCAAGUUUUUAACUCAACAUUAUACUUAUCUAUUUUCGUCUUUGGUAUUCUUGGUGCAGCAAGAGGUUAUGAUGAAGGAAAUAUCUCCGGAAAUAUCACCCUUCCUGCGUUUAUCGCUAGGUUUGGAAUAAACGACCCCACAAAAUCUGCUGAUUAUUUAGCCAAUCUUACAUCUAAUAUCACAUCAAUGGUACAAUUGGGAUCUAUUGGUGGUGCUUUUAUAGCAAUGAAGACUGUCGAUUUUUUUGGUCGAGUACGUUCCCUCCAAAUUAUCUGUUUGCUUUGGAUAGUUGGAUCUAUAAUUCAAAUCACAUCAAGUAACUUGGGACAGCUCUAUGCAGGUAGGAUUAUUGAAGGAAUAGCUAUUGGUCAUACAACAUCUAUUGGCCCUGUUUACUUGGCUGAAGUUUCCCCUAGUCCCAUUCGAGGAUUAGCAAGUUGUAUUUUUGCUGGUGCGGUUUAUAUUGGGGUGUUGAUCGGUUAUUUGGCUAACCUUGGCUGUGUGUUAAAUGUUGCUGAUACUGUUAAUGGUCACAUUAAUGAUAACCAAUGGAGAUACACUCUUAUUCCAAAGAUAUUGUUAGCUAGUUUGAUUUUCAUUAUGUCAACUAUUCUUUGCGUUGAAUCUCCCAGAUGGUUAUUAAAAGUCAAUAAAGUUGAUCAAGCUGUUAAAAAUUUGUCAAAGUUAAGACACAUGCCCGAAGAUCAUGCAUAUAUUGUUGCUGAAAUUAGUGAUAUUAACGAACAAGUCUUGGCUGAAAAGGACGCUAUUGCCAACUCAAGUAUCUUGGGAAAUCUUAGAGAUCUUGUUACUAACAAAAGUAUCGCAUAUCGUUUCUUUUGUAUUGCUGGUGCUGCUCAAGUCCUUGGUCAAUGGAGUGGUGCUAAUGCUGUCACCAUCUAUGCUUCUGAAUUAUUUUCCCUUGCUGGUAUCAAGGGUCCAGUUGGUAAGUUAAAAAUGUCUGCUAUUUUGGGGGUUGUUAAAGUUAUAUCUGCUUACUUAGGUGCCUUUUUCAUUAUUGAUGUUUUUGGCAGAAAGCGUGCUUUAUAUUCCGGUAUUUCAUUACAAAUGGUUUCUAUUCUAUAUUAUGCUAUUUUCCUCACCAUUGUUCCACAGGCUUCACAAAAUGGUACGGUAUUGACACCUUCACAAACCAGAGCAUCCAAGGGUGCACUUGCUGCCAUCUUCUUGUCCGGUACAGGAUGGACAAUUGGUUUCAAUUCAGUUCAAUAUUUGCUUGGGUCAGAAAUUUUCCCAUUACAUAUCCGUUCAUUUGCUCAAUCUUUAGUUAUGGUGUUGCAUUUUGCCAACCAAUACGGUAACUCGAAGGCACUUCCCAAGCUUAUGUUGGCAUUGCAACCAUAUGGAGCAUUUUACUUCUUUGUUGGUGUUAUGGUUCUUGGGUUAGUAUUUGCAUUCUUGUUGCCAGAAUUGCAAGGACGUAGUUUGGAAUCGGUUGAAGAAGUAUUUACUUUACCUUGGUACAAGUUGAGAAACUGUGACAAGCUUGUUCCUGAUCAUUCUAACGUUCAUGAAAUUAACUAUAUUAACAGUAGAGGCAAGUUAGUAUAUGACACCGGAAAGGUUGAUGAGAUUGUAUUACAGCCUGAACAAAAGGCUGAAAAGAUGGUUUAAUGCUCUUCUCCUAUAUAGUAGUUUAUGAUAAAUAAAGACAAAAAUACAUGAUUGAUUACAGUCUAUUUUAUCUAGUGUUAUUUAAACUAUUUGUUUUUUUACAACUGUGACUCUAAAUUGAUUAAUAAACUAUAGGUCUCUCUUGGCAUUUUGUAUUGAACCAUACCAGCGUAAAUCAUACAAUUCUUGGCCACCUUCUUCCAUUGAAUCAAUUCUUCUCUUUCAUUGCCCAAACAUUGAUAUUUCUUGGUUAAAAUCUCAUAAUUCAAAUGAGACACACUUGUCAUAACCAUAAUCAAUAAUGACGGAAUAACCUUGAUUAAAUUGUCAUCCAUAUCACUAUUUUGGAUCAAUUCACUACUAGUUCUAAUCUUGAUAAGAUCAUCGCUUGGAUCUACUGGAAUAAGUCCUAGCUUGCCAAUUUGAGUUAUCACUUCCCUCCAAUUUUUUUGCAAGAAUAAUUCUCGAAUGGUAAUUAUAGGUAAUAAUAAAUCACAGGUUUGCUUCUUUUGUGGAGCUAUCUUACUCAAUAUGAAACUGUUAUUGUUGAACAUUUUCAUUAUAUGUUGUGAAAGUAAUAUGAUAUUAUUGUCGAUGGUGUCUUUGUAUUCACUACCAUCAGUAGUAUAUCCGCUGGAAAUAACUUGAUAAUUACCGAAUUUGAUAAUUGGCUUACUUAAAUCGGUAGUUGCAAAAAUUUCCGCUAAUAAUUUAUUGAUCAAUGAUACUACGGUAUCGUAUUCACAACAUAAUUGGUAUAAUAAUAAUGCAUCGAAAAUUCUUCCUUCUUCUUCGCACUUGGUAGCAGAAACUUCAAUGAUUUCACGAUAGUAAUCUUCUAAAUUGUCUAAUUUUAUUAAGCUUCGUUGUUUUUCCAAGAUUCCUGGGGUCUUGGUACCAUUUUCUUGAUUUAAUUCACCAAGUAAAAUUCCAAAUUCUCGAGAUACUAAAAUCAAUUCACGUAAUGCUUCGUGCGAAACUUCUGGUUCAACCAAGCUUAUCAAUAUUAAAUAUUGACAUGCAACUUUUGGAUCACUUAUUUUGAAACUUCUAGUGUAUGACCCUACUAACCUGCUAAAGUUAAUUUCAUAUUCAUUAUUGUGAACUGAAAGUAAUACAUCUUUGUUAAAGCUUGAACAUCUCAACAAGCCAUAAUAUGUUAAUCCAAUAGCUAAAUGAACAGCAUCACAUUCAUUAACAUGAUCAUAAGUGUAUUGGACCGCCAAUUCAUAAAGUCCCACCAAAAUCAAACUCUUGAGAUAAAGAGGAUUAUUUGAAGAUCCCAAAUUCUUUGGUCCUAAUUGGAUAAUCUUGUUUUGUAAAUUCAAUAAACUGUAAUUUUCAAAGAUCAAUGAAGAUUCAUUCUCGUUGAUGAUGGAUAAAUGGAACCAUAACCAAUCUUCAAUACUUAAAUUUAUAGAUUGCGGUAAUGCUUUUUUGCUUAAGUCACAUUUCCCAAUAAUCUUAUAAACGGAAUAUUUAUAUGGAUCAUAAUUAAUACUUGUAUCAACAUCAUUAAUAAUAAAUUGAAAUUGUUGAUUGAAUUCCAGAUGUAACUUUUCCAUUAAUUCUGACGGCAAUGUAUGAUUAUCAACAUACUUCUUAAUAUAAACCGGGAAAUUCUUGUCAAAUUUAUGGAACAAUUCACGAUUACGAGUGGCAAGUUCCACAGCAUCAAAAUAUAAACCAGCUCUAAUAAGAUAGAAGAUUAAUGCCCAAAUAGGAGUUCCGUUAACUAAUAAAGUUUUGUUAACUAAAUCAGGAUCAUUUUUCAAUACAAUUUGAUGAAUGAAAUAACCAAUCUUAUUUAAAUUAGAAGCAGGUUGGAAUUUAGCUGGUUUAUCGGUAUCCUUCAAGUAAAGCUCAUCCACAUAAUUAUAAAACUCUUGCUCCAAAUAAGUCUUACUGUUAUUCACAAUUGAUUCAUUUAAAUCGCGUUUAGGAACAUUAGAAAAUUUCUGUUCUUGACUGGUUUUGGCAAACUUUUCAUCGGUUAAUUCAA